AUGUCGCAACAGCUGCCUCUGAACCCGCCCAUCAACCUCCCGGACCCCCUACUACGGCGGCGUCCCUCGGGCGUCGCAGGCGUCUCCGCCCACCUCUCGCCCCUGACGCCGACGGCCUUCCGACACCCCGUCCGGCUCUUCUCCUCGACCCCGCGUCAUCGGCGGGCCACCCCCGACGACGACGGCGACGGCGACGGCGAGGAGAAGGACGGGGGCCACCCUCCUGGUGGCCUUCCGGCCCUCACCCACGUCGCCCCGACGACGGGCUCGGCGCGCAUGGUCUCCAUCGCCUCCAAGACGGCCACGUCCCGCGUCGCCAAGGCCGCGUGCACCGUGACCUUCUCCUCCCCGCUCGCCCUCCGGCUCGUCCGCGCCUCGCAGAUGAAGAAGGGCGACGUCCUCGGCACGGCGCGGGUCGCGGGCAUCAUGGCCGCCAAGCGCACGCCCGACCUGAUCCCGCUGUGCCACCCGAUCCUGCUGUCGCACGUCGGCGUCGAGGUCGAGCCGGCGAGCGCCGCCGACGGCGAGACGGUGCUCAACGUCGAGGCGACGGUCGAGUGCGAGGGCAAGACCGGCGUCGAGAUGGAGGCCAUGACCGCCGCCGCCGCCGCCGCGCUGACCGUCUACGACAUGUGCAAGGCCGUCGACAAGGGCAUGGUCGUCGGCGGCCUGCGCGUCGUGCUGAAGGACGGGGGCAAGAGCGGCCGGUGGGAGAUGCCGUGA